AUGUUUCACUUAAAAACCGCGUCGCGAAUUUUUCACCCCGUUCGACAAUCAUGUACGACAGAAUUAUCAACGGCACUAAAAUCGAGUGCUGUCGGAGGAAUUAAAUAUUAUUCAUCGGCUGGUAAAUAUGAAAUACCGGAUAAAUUAAAAGAUAUGCCGGAUGCGGAAAAUCCAAGAUUUUUCGACAUGGUUGAAUAUUUUUUUCACAAAGCUUGUCAAACCGCGGAAGAUCAAUUAAUUGAUCAGUUAAAAGUAUCUAAAAUUUCAUUAGACGACAAAAGGAAAAAAGUCAAGGGUAUUCUUUUAUGCAUGCAAUCUUGCGAUCACAUUAUCGAAAUUGCUUUUCCAAUUAGAAGAGAUAGCGGUGAUUAUGAAAUUAUCACCGGUUACCGUGCUCAACACAGUACCCACCGUGUUCCCACCAAAGGGGGUAUUCGUUAUUCGUUAGAUGUAUCACGUGACGAAGUAAAAGCUUUGUCGGCGCUUAUGACAUUUAAAUGCGCAUGCGUUGACGUUCCGUUCGGCGGUGCCAAAGCCGGACUUAAAAUCGAUCCAAAACAAUAUAGCGAACACGAAUUAGAAAAAAUUACAAGGAGGUUUACGUUAGAAUUAGCCAAAAAGGGAUUCAUCGGUCCUGGUGUUGAUGUACCCGCGCCCGACAUGGGUACGGGUGAAAGGGAAAUGUCGUGGAUAGCCGAUACUUAUUCAAAAACGAUAGGACACACGGACAUCAACGGUCACGCAUGCGUCACCGGUAAACCCAUAAAUCAAGGUGGCAUACACGGUAGAAUUUCGGCAACCGAAUCCGUUCAGGAGAGUCUCGAAAGAAGAUUCGGUAGAGUCGGUGGUACGAUAGACAUAACUCCGUCGGAAUCUUUCCAAAAGAGAAUCGCGGGUGCCUCGGAGAAAGACAUUGUACACUCCGGUUUGGAUUACACAAUGGAAAGAUCCGCGAGAGCGAUAAUGAAAACGGCCAUGAGAUACAAUUUGGGUUUGGAUCUUCGAACGGCCGCUUACGUGAAUUCAAUCGAAAAAAUUUUCACGACAUUUAGAGAUGCCGGUUUAGCAUUUUAA